CAAAUUUAAAUUUCACCACCUGGUCACACUGAGACCAGCUGUUUGCCGCACAUCUCACAUGUUUUUACGGAACAAUUGUGAUAUUAUUUAACUUUUUUCAAUAAAAGGACCAAAUAACAAUGUACAUUAACUGUCUACAUCGAGCGCAAUGGAAGUACCUCCAAUACCUAUUGCAAGUGCGUCAGUUUCAGCUUCUAAGAAGGCACAUCAAUAUUGGCGCAAAGCCACCUAUACAGGCAGUGACUUCUCUGCGGACGACGGGACACCAGCUUAGUUGUCGUUCCCACGUGAUAAACGGAGAUCUCCAGGACAGCUUCGCUGGAACGCCGGAAAAGGAUCCUUACCUAAGUAGGUUGGAGGAGGCAGAGUCGCUUAACAUUCUUUUGGGAGUGUUAGGAAACAGUGAAGGCCUGCAUAGCUGCAAUGUGGCGGAUGUAAUCUCCCUUUUGUGGAAUCAUUAUCAAGGUAUAGAACAGCCAGGAAAAGAUGCGAUUACCAAAUGCCUGCUCAGAGAAGUGCUACCUAUGCUGGGCCCGCAAAUAGACCAACUGGGGGUCAACGAUCUCAGUCGGUGCUAUCUUUAUCUGCGUAAAAUGCACAUACCGAAUUCCGAGCCAGUCGUGGAGGCCGUUCUAGUAAGAGCCCUUCAACAGAUAGAUAACCAAUUGCAUGGAGCCGUCGUUACUCCUCUGACUGCUUUGUCACGCCUCUCGGUUGGAAUAAACUUGGAACGCGACUUCUUUACCCCACUUGUGUGCAGGAACUUUGUGCCGCACUUGGAGAAUCACAUUAGCCAGUGCCACACUGAGGAGCAGGUGCGGCUGCUGUCCACGUGUCUAUUUCAGCUACAUUUUUUUAUUGGUGAGGAGCUGCUUACAAACUUUAAGCAGCGUGUAAUUAAACUACUUCAAGACGGCGUCCUUAGCAGCGCAACACCUAAGGCUCUUCUAAAGGUGCUUCACAUGCUAAAUAUUCCAUUGUGGUCACAACAUAACACCCAAUUGAUUCGGAAAGUCAUGUUAGCUUUGCGGCCUUGCAUUAUUCAGAUGGAACCCGGAGACUUAAAGAGCCUGUGUCGUGCAUUUUUACACCAUCAGGAGCCCGCCGCUUUAAAGGAGCCGCUUAAGGAAGCCACGGAAAAACUGCUACAGUCUGAAAGCACUGGCGACGCUCUAUCUUGUGCGGUUCCCUUCGCCGUUCCCACACAAAGAGAUAAAUAUCUCCAACUCUUUCGUGAACUGCUUUACUCCAAGGACGGCUGGCUGCUCCCCAAUGCAAGCGGACACUUCUUCAGUGUUCUGCGUGCGUUAAAAAUCUCCGACCUGGGAUUCUGUAACACAUACUGGUCGGGGGUUGUACGAGAGCUGGAGUCCUGCCCGGAGGAGCAGACUCACCUGCGGUUUCUAAGGCACUGUCAACGCUACAUGAACUUCAAUAAUAAUUUGGGGGGAACGUAUCGACACUUCGAUCUGGAACGAAAGUUAAGUCGCAUGUGUAUGAAUGCCGUUGAAGAGGACAUUGCGGGCAGGCUGCCGACGAAAUUCGCACGGCUGGCAGCUUUUGUUUUGGCCUAUGGCCAGACUCCAUUAGCCUGGAAAAAGUUUCCAAACAUUCUGCUGACCAAGAUGCUCGCCAUGGCUCCCCAGCUUGCCAUCCAAGAUUGCUUUCUUCUCAGUCGGGGCAUGCAGAUAGCCUGCGAACUUAGGUUUCGCCAGCACCUUCCCUCACUUAUUGGCAUGCAGCUGUCCACCAUGGACAGCAUUCUCAUUGGCUGUGCAGAAAGGCAUUUAUCCAGCGCUGAAAAAGACCCGCUAAAUGCCAGUGAACUAAGCAUGAUUGUUAGAACACUUAGUCAUCGCAAAGCUUUAAAAAACACGGUGGUUUACAACCAAGCUCUGUCGCAGUAUAAAAGUCUUCACUGCAACGAUCUCAGCUCCCGAGUGGUUCGGGACAUGGCAUACAAUUUCAACGCUUCCCAUUUUUUUGUACCCGAACUUCUAGAGUCGAUGUUCGGCUAUAUUUCCGAACAGCAUGAGCACAUUACCGGCGAUACAGUGGAGAAAGUGUUAACCUGCUCUUACAAUUUAGGUUAUACGCCUGCCUCGAUCGAGGCUUUAAAUCAUGCUGCUGAAGUAUUACUAAGAGACUUUGAUCAGAUGAGUGGAUUGUCAAUAAUACAGGCAUGCCUAGCGUUGUGCUUCUACAAAUCAAUACCUGAGCAACUUAUCAACCAAGUAUUUUGCGUGAAGUUUAUACAGCGCAUUGAGGAUGAAAUACAAGUCUGUUACUCAAAAGCGACCUAUCCGGAUCGUGUCCUAAACCUAGUUAUGCAGCUGAAUCGAUCGGUUUGCUUAGAUUUUCCCGAGGCGAAUGUGCCCUGGUUUCAGCAGAACUAUAUCGAGUCUCAGAUAAGCAAAAAGACUGUGCCGCCCAGUGGAUCGAUGACAGAGGCUAAGCAACUUCUACAAAAACUUCUUCAGAAUGAGAAUUAUUUCCGUUGCAACCACACAACUCCUUACGGCUAUCAAAUAGACUUUGUGAUUCAUUUCGAUCGGGAUAAGAAGCCCAUUCCAGCACCUCCUGUCGAGUCUACAAUGUUGGAUCGAAUAACAAAGGUGGCAAUACUGCUGCUAAAACUCGACUCAUUUUGCGAAAACGAUCUGACCGCCUUGCGUGGCCCCGAAUCUUUAAAGAUGAGACACCUUGAAAUGAUGGGCUACAAAGUGAUGCAAAUCAACGAACAUGAUUGGAACUCAAAAUAUAUGAACUCGCCCGCAGCCAAGGUCAACUACCUCAAGUGUUUGUUGCAAAUAUCCCAUUAGUUGAGACUACAGCCUGGAAUAUGUU